AUGACUAAACCACAAAACGUAGGUAUCAAAGGGAUUGAAGUUUAUGUUCCUUCACAAUGUGUUAACCAAACAGAAUUAGAAAAAUUCGAUGGAAUUGCCGCUGGAAAAUAUACGAUUGGGUUAGGACAAACCAAUAUGUCAUAUGUCAACGACAGAGAAGAUAUUUACUCCUUGUCAUUGACAGUCUUAUCUAAAUUGAUCAAGAACUUCGGAGUUGACACCAACCAAGUUGGUAGAUUGGAAGUAGGUACCGAGACGUUGUUGGACAAAUCCAAGUCGGUGAAGUCUGUGUUGAUGCAAUUAUUCGAAGGAAACAACGAUAUUGAAGGGAUUGACACGAUCAAUGCGUGUUAUGGGGGUACAUCUGCUGUGAUUAAUACGGUCAACUGGAUCGAGUCGUCUUCGUGGGAUGGAAGAGAUGGUAUUGUUGUCUGUGGUGACAUUGCCAUCUAUUCGAAGGGAGCCGCUAGACCUACCGGGGGUGCUGGUGCCGUUGCGUUGUUGAUUGGGCCAGAUGCACCAAUUGUGUUUGAAUCCACCAGGGGCUCGUUUAUGGAACACGCUUACGAUUUCUACAAGCCAGAUUUCACUUCUGAAUACCCUAUAGUCGACGGACACUUUUCGUUAGCAUGUUACGUCAAGGCUGUUGACCAGUGUUACAAGAACUACUCCAAGAAGGUUACCAAGGAUGACAAUAAGACUGUUGGUGUUUUCGACCAUUUUGACUACAACGCGUUCCACGUCCCAACCUGUAAGUUGGUCACCAAGUCGUACGCCAGAUUAUUGUACAAUGACUACAAAGCGGACCCAUCUAAGUUUAAGGACUUGAUUGAUGAAGAAACCAAGAAAUCAAUCGAUAGCUUAACUUACGACCAAUCUUUGGUUGACAAGAACUUGGAAAAGAUCUUUGUUGGAUUAGCCAAGGAACAAACCAAGACCAGAGUUCAACCAUGUUUGAAUGUUCCAACCAACACCGGUAACAUGUAUUCUGCAUCCGCAUGGGCUUCGUUAUCCUCAUUAUUGUACUAUGUUGGUUCCGAACAAUUGCAAAACAAAAGAAUCGGUGUCUUCUCAUACGGUUCUGGUUUAGCCUCCACCUUAUUGUCUGUUGUUGUUAAGGGUGAUAUUUCUAAAAUCACCAAGAAUUUGGACUUCGACCACAAAUUGUCUGAAGGUAGAGUUACUAGAACCCCAGAGCAAUAUCUUGAAGCUAUCGAAUUAAGAGAAAAGGCUCAUUUACAAAAGUCAUUCAAGCCAUCUGGUAGUAUCGAAACUCUCGCUAGGGGUACGUACUAUUUGACUGAAAUCGAUGAUAAGUACAGAAGACAAUAUAAUAAAAAGGAUUAA